AUGGUCAACUCCUGUUGUGGCUCUGUCUGCUCUGAGCAGGGCUGUGAUCAAAGUCUCUGCCAGGAGAGCUGCUGCCAGCCCAGCUGCUGCCAGACUACCUGCUGCAGGACCACCUGCUGCCGCCCCAGCUGCUGUGUGUCCAGCUGCUGCAGGCCCAGCUGCCAGACCACCUGCUGCCGCCCAGUCUGCUGCCAGACUACCUGCCGCCCCAGCUGUGGAGUGUCCAGCUGUUGUCGCCCAAUGUGCUGUCAGACCACCUGCCGCCCCAGCUGUGGAGUGUCUAGCUGCUGCCGUCCAAUCUGCUGCCAGACUACCUGCUGCCAGACCACCUGCCGCCCCAGCUGUGGAGUGUCCAGCUGCUGCUCUCCAGUGUGUUGUCAGACCACCUGCCGCCCCAGCUGUGGUGUGUCCAGCUGCUGCCGCCCAGUCUGCUGCCAGACCACCUGCCGCCCCAGCUGUGGAGUGUCUAGCUGUUGCCGUCCAGUCUGCUGUCAGACCACUUGCUGCCGUACAACUUUGUGUCCAACUUGCAACCCUAGCUGCUGUGUGUUUAGCUGUUCUUGCCCCAGCUACUGUGUGUCCAGCUGUUGUUGCCCCAGCUGCUGUGUGUCCAGCUGCUGUAAGUCUAUCUGCUGUCAUCCUGUCCUUUGCUAG